AUCUCUGCAAGCUAAACAGCAUCUGUUUACAUUUUACUCCACCAUCUCACAUACAAAAAUAAUGUCUGGCGCAAAGAAGCUCUGGGGCGGCCGUUUCACCGGUGCCACUGAUCCACUCAUGGAAGCCUUCAACGAGUCGAUCCACUUUGACAAGCGUAUGUACAGCGCCGAUAUCCGCGGCUCGCAGGCAUACAUCAAGGCGCUGGAGAAGCAGGGGAUUCUGACGCCCGCCGAGCGCCAGACACUGCACGACGGCCUGGCUGCGAUCGAGGACAUCCACACAGCCAACGAGCGCCGGCUGGGCGAGCUGGGCCGCUCGCGCAACGACCAGGUGGCCACCGACAUGCGUCUAUGGCUGCUGGAGGAGGUCAAGAAGCAGAUUGCGUAUCUGCGCGAGCUGGUUGCGGUGCUAGUACAGCGUGCAGCGCAGGAUAUUGACGUUCUGAUGCCUGGGUACACGCACCUGCAGCGGGCGCAGCCGAUCCGGUGGUCGCACUUCCUGCUGAGCUACGCGUUCUGGUUCCAGCAGGACACGCAGCGCCUGGAGCAAUUUGUGCCGCGGGUGUCCCAGCUGCCGCUUGGCUCGGGUGCCCUGGCCGGAAAUCCGUUCCAGGUCGACCGCGAGCUGCUCGCCAAGGAGCUCGGUUUCUCAUCGAUCACGCCCAACUCGCUGUAUGGCACGUCCGACAGAGAUUUUGUCGCCGAGUUCCUGUUCCACAGCUCAAUGAUCAUGAUUCACAUUAGCCGUCUGGCCGAGGAUCUGAUCAUUUACUCGACUGCCGAGUUCGGCUUUGUCAAGCUCGCUGACGCGUACAGCACGGGCAGCAGCCUGAUGCCGCAGAAGAAGAACCCCGAUAGUCUCGAGCUGCUGCGUGGCAAGAGCGGCCGUGUGUUCGGUGACAUGACUGGAUUCAUGAUGACCUACAAGGGUCUGCCGAGCACCUACAACAAGGAUAUGCAGGAAGACAAGGAGCCGAUGUUUGAUGCUGUCGAUACGCUGACUGGAUCCCUGCAGAUCACAGCCGCUGUCAUUGCUACAUUAAAGUCCAAGAUGAAGGGCAGCCUCACCGGUGAUAUGCUGGCCACUGACCUUGCCGAGUAUCUCGUGCGCAAGGGAGUUCCCUUCCGCGAGACGCACCACAUCUCGGGCGCCGCCGUGAAGAUGGGUGAGGACCGCGGAUGCCAGAUCAACGAACUCUCUGUUGCUGAUCUCAAGACGCUCCACCCGGCGUUCGAGGACGAUGUCCUAAAGGUGUGGAACUUUGAGCAGAGUGUUGACAACCGCUGCUCGGUCGGCGGCACCAGCCGGGCAACUGUCAACGGCCAGAUUGAGAUCCUCAACAAGUGGCUGUCUCAGUAA